CGCUUUCUGCUUCUUCCUUUUGUUCUUUCUCAAUUCAUGCAAAUGAUCAAGAAGACUUCGAGAUUUUUGUGAUUUUCAAGUCUGUUUUGCUCUCUUCGGCUGUCCACGUCACAUUCCGGUGACAUGAAUCAACAACUUACCAUCAUCAAGACUAUCAAUUCUCGCCGUAGAAGGUUGAGAAUCCGGCGACUGAAAUACACUUGUCGAACCAAGACGACGAAUGUCACCAUCCCUGGGGAAGAGAAGAAAGAUUCUAUCCACGGUGUUCAAGAAGCAAAAACAAGUGAUUGUUCGGCUGAAAUAUCCUUAUCAUUAACGUCUCCUUCAGAUAACACUUCCUCUAAAAAAGAAGUCUUUUCAUCCGGUUUUGAAGAAGACAAAUUAGAGAACAGCGACGAUUUGCAGGUUACGCGCAUAUCAUAUGGAUCAGCGUCGGUGAUAGGGAGGAGGAGAGAGAUGGAGGAUGCAGUGAGAGUAGAAUUAGGUUUUAAGAGUAAAGGAAGGGAAAAAUACGACUUUUUUGGGGUUUACGACGGCCACGGUGGUGCACGGGUGGCGGAGGCAUGCAGAGACAGAUUUCACAGAGUGCUUGAGGAGGAGAUAGUGGAAAGUAAGGAAGGGAGAGGAAUAGAAUGGGAGAAAGUAAUGGAAGGGUGUUUUCAGAGGAUGGAUGAGGAAGUAGGGAACGAUAAAAUGGUGGGAUCGACGGCGGUGGUGGCGGUGGUGGGCAAAGAUGAGGUAGUGGUGGCAAAUUGUGGGGAUUCCAGGGCGGUUCUUUGCAGGGCUGGUGUUGCUGUACCAUUAUCCGUUGAUCAUAAGCCUGACAGACCUGAUGAAUUGGAGAGAGUUGAAGCUGCUGGUGGAAGAAUUAUAAACUGGAACGGACCGCGUGUUCUUGGAGUUCUUGCCACUUCAAGAUCUAUAGGUGAUCAGUAUCUCAAGCCGUUUGUCAUCUCCAAACCUGAAGUUACUGUGAAAGAGCGGACCGAAAACGAUGAGUUCCUGAUACUAGCCAGCGAUGGUUUAUGGGAUGCUAUUUCAAAUGAAGUUGCAUGCCAGAUUGUGAGGAGAUGUUUAAGUGGGCGAAUGAGAAGAAAAUCUCAAGAAAUCUCCAGCAAAGGACGUGCAGCUGAGGCAGCAACAUUGUUAGUUGAGCUAGCAAUUGGUAGAGGAAGCAAAGAUAACGUUAGUGUCAUUGUGGUUGUCCUCAAGAAACAGUUUCUGAAAGAAAUCAAGAAAGCAGAUCGACUGUAAUUCUCAGGUGCAGUAUCAGAAAUCUUCUUCACAAAAUCUUGGUUACGGCCUUCAAUAAAUUAUGUACAUGUUCUUUUUCUUUGUUCUGUCGCUCUCUUACGAACUUAACUUCACAAAGAAGAUCUCUUUUUUUUUUUUUUUCCUGUUCUCUACCUGGGAGACAUUUCAUCAAUUGUUCAUUUAUUGAUUUCUAUGUUUAUGGAGUAAUAUGCUUUGUUAUUUUACUGCUCUUUCCAAUUUUGUGACA